AUGAACAGCGACAAUCUCUUGACUUUCGUUGAUUGUCAACGACGCAUCUUCUGCAUGUUUUCCAUUAUUUGCUGAUCUAUAUCAGCCUCCGCCUGCUCCGUCAUCUCGUAAUUACAUAUUCAUAUGCUAUACUCGCUCGAUACCACACUGGUCUGAGGCGAGGCACCCAGCUUAGCCACGGCAGCUGAAGAUUCGCCUGGUUCUUUUCCACUAUCAUCACUUCUUCAUCAUGGGACUCACAUUACCAUCCUCCCGAGAGCUAGAGAAACUCUCAGAACUGAGGGAUGAAGCAGAACUCGACGUUGAAGCCUUGCAUAGGCCUGACAGUGCUGUCUCGGAGCCACGACGUCGGUCAUCAUCCGUGAAGAAGACGUGCACAACGUUGUUAGGAAGACUGAUAGGCUAUCCAUCUUCAGAUUCAAUACGGCUACGCUCGACUUCAUGGUUAGAUGGUGUUCGCGGAGUUGCUGCUCUUGGGGUGUUCAUCUUCCACUCCAUGGGAUGCUGGAUACGACUCGUCCCUGCCUGGCAUGCUGACCCUUCCGUUACCAAUCUCCUCGGCUUUCCUUUCGUCAGGACUAUCUUCGUCUCUGGGGGUCCUGCAGUUUCACUCUUCUUCGUGGUUUCCGGCUAUGUUCUGACGCACAAAAGUCUUCUAUGGCUACGUGCAGGAGCAGCCCCUCGGGUCUAUCCAGCAGUGGCGUCUUCGAUGUUCCGACGCGGGUUUAGAUUGUAUGGCCCCGUCAUACUGCUGACUUUCUUCGAGAUGCUGGGAACGCGUGUUGGAUUUGCGCCGCCUCUUAACUUCAGCUUCAAGCCUGAACCUACGUUCUGGGGACAAGUCAAAGACUGGUUGCUCGACCUCGAUCACCUCAUGAACCCGGUCCACAAUUUUUAUCGCUCGAUGCAUGGGUUUGUGACGCAUCCCAGGUAUGAGGCUGUCAUAUGGACCAUACCUCUUGAAUUUUACGGCUCUUUCCUAUGCUACAUCUGGUUGCUGUCUUUCAUACACGUACCAAGUCAUAUCACUCGCAUGAUCUUCACCGCGUUUCUAGUUGUCAUUUGCAUGUGCUCCGGAGCCUGGCAUUACUUCUGCUUCGCCUCAGGAAUGCUCCUUGCCGAUAUCAACCUCGCUCAAGAGAAGAACUUCGACGCAUUGGCAGUCCGAAAGACCAUCACAAACAAAGCUAGAGCCUUAUGGGUUACAAUCUUCUUGUUAUCCUUUUAUAUUGGAGGCUUUCCAACCCUCGACAAGGAAGCAUAUCCAUGGGUUGAUACAAGACCAAUGGUGGGAUUCGAAUUCAUGCGACGACACACUCCCACUGGCCUGUACAUGGAAGAUCACGCGCGUUUCUGGUGGUCCCUAUCUGGCGUCGGUAUUCUAGGAUCAAUAUCUCAACUGCCUCGACUCAAAGCUGUAUUCGAAACACGACUGUGUCAAUAUCUUGGCAAAGUGUCAUUCUCUCUCUAUCUCAUACAUGAGGCUGUCAUUUAUCUCUUCGCUCUCCGGUUUCAGGCAUUCCUGUUCCAGCUCUUUGGACUGGACCCACCAAGCCUGGCACCACACGAAGAAUCUCUUGGUUAUUGGCUUCUUUGCGCGUUUGUCUGGUACCCUGUCCUCCUACUACCCGUCUUCUUUGCUGCUGCACAGGUCGAAAGACUGAUCGAUGCACCAAGUGUACGUUUUGCAAGAUGGAUUGAGAAGAAGUGUCUUUCUUGCAUUCGCUGAAGUCACGUCAUACCAUACGAUAGAGAAUAUACAAAGUU